AUGUCUGGACGCGGUAAAGGAGGUAAGGUUAAGGGAAAGGCAAAGUCCCGCUCAAAUCGUGCCGGUCUUCAGUUCCCUGUGGGCCGAAUUCACCGUCUGCUGAGGAAAGGAAACUAUGCCGAGCGCGUCGGAGCAGGAGCCCCUGUCUAUCUGGCAGCUGUGAUGGAAUAUCUCGCUGCUGAAGUUCUGGAAUUGGCAGGAAAUGCUGCUCGCGAUAACAAGAAAACAAGAAUCAUCCCGCGCCAUCUGCAACUGGCCAUCCGUAACGACGAGGAGUUGAACAAGCUGUUAUCUGGUGUUACGAUUGCUCAGGGCGGUGUGCUACCUAACAUCCAAGCCGUUCUGCUCCCCAAGAAGACCGAAAAGAAAGCCUAA